AGUCAAUUGUACAGAAUUUCCAGGGGUGAAAGUAAUAUUAAACUCUUACUGGUAAGGGGGGCCCAGCUCCAGGCCCCCAGAAGGAGCUGGGCCUCGGGCAGAAGGGGUGGGGUUGGGGGUCAGCCUCCCACAGCCAGCCCAUCCGCACUGCCUGGCUUGCGCUGCCCGGGGCUCCAGCCGCUGCCGCGGUAGCAGCAGCUGGGGCCGGGAUCCCCAGGCCAUUUUAAAUCACCACCCUUGGGGCAUUGCCCUUUCCCCCGCACGUCGGCAGCCCUGCGGCAGCACUUUAAUGUUGGCUGCAUAUCGACUGGUACCGGCUUCUUACUGGUACACCAUACCGGCCUACUUUCACCCCUGAGAAUUUCUGUCAAUCAGAUGUUAUAGUCCCUACUAGAUAAUACUGAGGACUCAUACACCCAAGGCAACCAGGUGUAAAUCAUCCCUAGCCUUCUUCCUUCAAAAACUGGCUAAAUGUGCACGUCCUUGGGGAAUGAGAUCUGACUGCAUUAAGAAUGCUUCCUGAAGUUGCUGGGAUUCUUCUCCCCUUAGCAGGCAUAAAAGGAAGGGUGGAGGAGGAAGGCACAAAAGAGUAAAAGGCCAAAAGAAAAGAAUAGGUCAAAGUUCACUGACACAGCAUAGCUGCUAGCAUCAAUGAGGGUCAUUAAUCAGCACAGAUAGCACCAAUAAAAAUGAAGAGGAAACAAAAAAUGUUUGAGGAGGUGUGGAGAUCAUGGGUGUUGCCAGGAUUGUUGGCGACCUAAUUCAGGUAUGAGUAAGUGCCUCGAUAUUUUUUUCUUUUUAAAUAAAGAAGGCUGGCAUUCAAACACUGGUAAAGGAUACAGACACUUUAACUGUAGGGGAUGUGUCCAAAAAGAGCUAGGCUGUAGUGCGGCUGAACAGCAGGGAAGCAAUCUCCAGAGAAGCUCCUUCACAAACUGUGUUCAGAAAGGAACUGUCUAGGUGAGCACUGUGGGGUUCCUCCGCAGAGAUAGUGCCAGAUACCCUUAGAGAAACCCAAAUCUCAGAACUUUGAACUUAAAGAAUUCCCACCAAACAGCACAGAUCCAUGAGUGGGAGAUCUGUUGGGAUGGGUAUCUUUGAAGAAAUAUUAUUUCAAAAAUGUUCAUUACCGCCUCUGCUUUACCUGACUGAAGUGCUCCCAUAUACAGUGGAAUAGUCCACUUUACGCUUAGAUUACACCAAUUUCAAUAUCAAUUUAAGUAAUGACUCAACAGUACUGCAUAAGCAACUGCUAGGUCCCACUUGCAAAUUCUCGAUUCAAUGAUAAAGUCACCACUAUCUGUAUAUUCAGAGGAUAAAAAGAGGGUAUUUGGGGAAAGCAAGAGAGAUGGUGUUGCCCAGUUUUAUGAAAGUCUCUUAUGUGCUGUUACAGAAAGAAAUGUCUAACGUUCAAUAAUCUGCUUCUGAUAGCAGCUGCAUUUUUCUGGGGGUUCAGUAAGAUGGCAAAGUCCUUUGAGAUGAUUUUGAUUGGACGUUUCCUUUGUGGUUUUAAUUCAGGUUUGGGCUGCUGUUUACAUGGCCAGUAUUUGGGAGAAAUUUCCCCUAAGAAGCUGCGUGGAUUUACAAGUGCCACUCUCUCUCUUUUUGCAAACAUGGGGAAAUGCUUAGGACAAAUUGCAGGACUAAGUGAACUUUUAGGAACUGAAUCCUUGUGGCCUUUACUGAUGGCUAUCAGUGGAAUCGCAGCAUCAGUGCAGCUGGUCACUCUCCCAUUCUUCCCUGAGUCUCCACCCUACCUCCUGGUGCAAAAGGGAGAUAUGGAAGGCUGCCAGGAAGCUUUGAAGCAGCUUUGGGGUGAAGGGAAUCAUCAAGAAGCAAUUGAUGAUAUGGUGAAGGAGCAGGCUACAACGAAAAAAAUGAAACCCAUGAAUGUCCUGGAACUCCUAAAAGACCAAUCCUUGCGAUGUCAGUUGUGUUUAUUGAUCAUCAUUGGUGUUACCAUACAGCUUAGUGGUAUCAAUGCAAUCUAUUUCUAUGCCUUUGACGUGUUCCGUACAGCCGGAUUUACUCAAGAUCGUAUCCCCUACAUAUCUCUGGGAGCUGGGACCUGUGAGUUCUGCGCCGCUAUAAUAUGUAGCUUCAUCAUUGAUAAGUUUGGCAGAAGGAUGCUGCUGUUGUGGGGAUAUGGACUGAUGGCUUUGAUACUCAUGCUCCUCACAACAACUCUCUCCCUACAGCAUCAGUUCUUCUGGAUGCCCUACUGCAGUCUUGCUCUGAUUUUCCUGUUCAUUAUCAUCUUUGCAACUGGACCAGCUGGAGCUUCAUUCCCAGUCAUGAUUGAACUCUUCACCCAGUCAUCCAGAUCAUCCGCAUUAGCGAUCUCCAUGUCUCUACACUGGGUAGGACUCUAUAUGAUCGGGAUGAUUUUCCCAUACGUAGUGAAAAGCCUCGGUACCUUCUGCUUCCUCAUUUUUAUGGGCUUCAUUUCGAUCUCAUGGAUUCUCAUCUACAGGUUCCUUCCAGAAACAAAAGGCAAAUCAGUCAUGGCAAUCAAAGAGGAAUUCAAGCAUUUAAAUUUCAGGAAGAAAUUUCAGGCCAUGAGAGAGAAUCCCUCUGACAAAUAUACCUCAUGUACCAAGUUAUGACUGGACAGAAGAGGAGUAAUUUCUUAAAGGGACAGAAAAUGGUGUCACACACAGACAAAUAUAAAAAAAAGAAUGUUAGCUUUAAUAUUUUACUCCUAUUAUUUUGUAUUCCAUAUUCAUUUCUUCGUGCAAACAGACUUCAUAGAAGAUUGCCCCAUGUGAUUCUAUAACACGAGUGUCUUUCAGUAUCUAAUGGACACCAUCACCAGUCAAAUGUGUACUUGCAUACUUUUAAAGUCACCCAAACCUUAAUUCUGCCCAUGUAAUACCAUUGUAAGGACACUAAGACAAUUUGGCUUUGCAAUAUAUACACAUAUUAUAGAUAAUAAAUAAGACAGUUUAUAUGCCUGAA